GCAGUAUUCGAUGGCCCUUAUAUGCGGCUCUAUUUGUGCGCACAGUUUUCUGCCUUAUCCGCUAAUGUUUUUGUUGAGCGACAAUAUGUGCGAUAUAAAAAUUAUUCCAUAUGUGAUCAAAAUUGUUUAGAAUGCAUAGUGUCGUCGUGGUGUCGCUGUGAAUAUUAUUUUCGUUUAUUUACAUUCAAUUUCUAUAUUAGGUUUCUAAAAUAUCUACGUUAGGGGUGGUUCCGUGAUGCCAGUUCGUAAGCAAGAGGCGCAUCGAGCUCUAGAAUUACUUGAAGAUUAUCAUAGCAAGCUAAUAAAGCCACAAGACCGGCAGUUGAGGCUUGCUAUCGAAAGAGUCAUCAGAAUUUUUAAAUCAAGAUUAUUUCAAGCAUUACUCGAUAUCCAAGAGUUCUAUGAGCUCACUCUCCUCGAUGAUACGAAGUCAGUACAACAGAAAACUGCAGAAACAAUCCGUAUCGCUAACAAGUGGGAAUUGGACAGCAACAGACGAGAGAUAUCAACGGAUGAAAUUGAAUAUAGAUCGGUAUCAAAUGCAUUUCUACACGACAACAAUAAGAAGUCUGAAUCACGUAAUGAGACACCAGACUCGGGUAAGGUGCGUUCUGUCGUAUCACCAAGUGAUGAAGUUGAAGAAAAGAAAGCUCACGUCGCAUCAUCUGAAAUGAAGCAGAAUGAAAUAAAGUUACAGGUUAAUGGCAUAGAAGGUGGAGCAAAUGAAAGAACACAGGGUGAGGAUGGCUACAUUUACCUCUCGGUGGCACUGUCUCGAGCUGGUGGUGCUGGCUUGGGCUUCAGCAUUGCAGGAGGGUCUGACAAUCCCCAUGUGGCAGAUGACCCUCAUAUCUAUGUCACAAAGCUCAUACCUGGUGGUGCUGCUGCAGCCAGUCAGUUACUGAUUAAUGAUGCUAUUUUACAGGUGAAUGAUGUGAAUGUAGAAAAUGUGACACAUGCUGAAGCGGUUGAUGCACUGAAAAAGGCUGGUAGUACUGUGAGAUUGAAAGUGCGACGUCGAGCUAUAGAAGAUACCCUAAACGUGUCACAAGUGUCAAACAAAGAGGAAUCUGUGGAAAUAGAACUUAUAAAAGGUGGCUCUGGCUUGGGCUUCAGUAUAGCAGGCGGACUCGGUAACCAACACAUACCCGGUGACAACGGCAUUUACGUUACCAAAAUCAUGGCCGGCGGCGCUGCGCAUCAAGAUGGACGUUUAAGAGUUGGUGAUAAAUUGCUUAUGGUCAAAAACACUUCUAACGGAGAUGUCAAUUUGGAUAACGUGACACACGAGGAUGCCGUGGCCGCUCUAAAGGCAACAGGAGAACGCGUGUUGCUAGUUUUGGUACCAGGGCCGAGACACGGACAACCCUCGCCGCGCACUUCUCGAGCUAACACACCGUCGAGCGCAGCAAAUUCUCUCCGACGCGAAGACGCAACGGACGGCGGCGAGGAGGUACGCGUGGUGGAGCUGGAGAAAGGUCCCUCGGGCCUGGGGUUCAACAUCGUCGGUGGCGAAGACGGGCACGGCAUCUACGUUUCUUUCCUGUUGGCCGGCGGACCUGCGGAGAGGUCCGGCGCUCUACGGAGAGGAGACCGUCUGCUCGCAGUCAACGAUCUUGACAUAUCGCACGCCACACACGAACAGGCCGCCAAAGCCCUGAAGAGCACGGGUCAAAUUGUUAAAUUGACUGUUGUGUAUCGUCCACAAGAAUACAAUAAGUUUGAAGCACGAAUCAAUGAAUUGAAACAACAUCAUACGCUAUUACGGACAUCUCAAAAACGAUCCUUGUAUGUAAGAGCAUUAUUUGACUACGACCCCAUUCGAGACGAUGGUCUACCUUCGAGAGGAUUGCCGUUUCGAUAUGGCGAUAUAUUGCAUGUUACAAAUGCGUCCGAUGACGAAUGGUGGCAAGCCAGAAGGCUGGGUCAGGAUAAAGUGGACACCGAUGCUAUCGGUAUAAUUCCUUCGAAACGUCGAUGGGAAAGAAAACAGCGGGCACGCGAUCGACAAGUUAAAUUCCAGGGACAGGGUACACCGGUCAGUACGAGCCAAUCCACUCUGGAAAGGAAAAAGAAAACUUUAUCUUUCAGUAGAAAAUUCCCAUUCAUGAAGAGUCGAGAAGACGGCAAAUCUGAAGAUGGUUCCGAUCAAGAACCUUUCAUGCUUUGUUACACGCAGGAGGACGCUAACGCUGACGGAGAAAUCUUGUAUCGAGUGGAACUUCCCAUGAUGGAGGAGAUAACGCUCAUAUAUCUCGAGGACGAGAGUCAAGACGAGACGGUGUUGUCUUACGAAACAGUUCAGCAAUUGACGAUCGCGUACACUCGGCCCGUGAUAAUAUUGGGCCCAUUGAAAGAUAGAAUAAACGACGACCUCAUUUCCGAGUUCCCUGACAAGUUUGGAAGCUGCGUGCCUCAUACGACACGGCCAAGACGCGACUACGAGGUGGACGGGCGGGACUACCACUUCGUGGCCAGCCGCGAGCAGAUGGAGCGCGACAUACAGAAUCACCUGUUCAUCGAGGCCGGCCAGUACAACGACAAUCUGUACGGAACGUCCGUGGCAUCCGUGCGAGAAGUCGCCGAGAAGGGCAAGCAUUGCAUUUUGGACGUCAGCGGUAACGCAAUCAAGAGAUUGCAAGUAGCACAACUAUUCCCUAUUGCCAUAUUUAUCAAACCAAAGAGUGUAGAGUCUAUAAUGGAAAUGAACAAGAGAAUGACAGAAGAACAAGCGAAGAAAACUUAUGAACGUGCCCUUAAAAUGGAGCAAGAAUUCGCUGAAUAUUUUACUGCCGUGGUGACGGGCGACACGCCGGAAGAGAUAUACUCGAAGGUGAAGGCGGUGAUCGCGGCGGAGAGCGGCCCGUCCGUGUGGGUGCCGCGCCGCGAGCCCCUGUGAGCCCCCGUGAGCCCCGACCGACCGCCCGGUACACUUUACUACUUAUCAUAGUGCCUCGAGUAUCACUCGCCAUUGUUAGCACGCAAUGUGCGACUCCCUUGUUGUUUGUGCGUCCCUAGUGGUGUUGCCGGCGCUCUGCGAGUCGCAGUCGUCGGCCGCGUUUUAUAAUUAAUGACAACAGCUAGUUCACAUUAGUCGUUAGAAACAAGCGCCAUGGAAACGCGCAUAUUAAGAACCGAAAGGUCCGAAUUACGUAAUAGUACGCGCGUAGACGCACGCACCUCGGUAAGCGCGUUUUAUUGCUUUUAGCUACAGCUCGUACACAUUAGGCGUCUCGGAACACGAGUUUUAUGAGCACGGUUUAAUUUACACACGCGAAGUGCUUUUCCGAACUUUGAAAAUGAACUGAUCUGAUUUAUUGUUUAUCGAAAUAAAAAACAAACGCUACAAGCCGUUUAAUGUCAGGCGAUUCCUCCUUAGUAAGGAUUUUUUUUGUAAUAUUGAUUGAAGCACCAAAAUUCUCUUGUCUCUGUUUCUAUCGUCUUUAAUAGUAACAGCAGAGAAGCCUCUCGAAAGAAAUCAGUCAACUUCCAGAUUGAGCCAAUGCUCUUAGUGCAAGUGUGUCAAAUACUAAUGAUACAAACGCCUAAUGUGUACAAUCUUUAGGUUCACGUGAGAGACAAAUGCGUCAAUACGAUGCUAUGCGACGCGACACAGAGCCGUUUAUAUUUUAUGGACCGAGAUACGUUCACAAAGUGGUUUUGAAUGAUUCAUCAAAAUUGAUACAGUAUGAAAAAGGUGAGAUAAAAGUAAUAUAAUAACAGCCUGUUGAAACGUUCAAACCAAAAUUGCAAACGUUUAUGGUCUUAUUAAUGACUAGCGACCCGCCCUCGCUUCGCUUCGGAAACAUUAAAACACACAUGAAACCAAAAAAAAAAAAAAAAAUUUAAAAAAGUAGCCUAUGUUCAUCAGGGACAAUGUCGGCAUCUAAUGGAAAAAGAAUUUUUCAAAUCGCUCCAGUAGUUUCGGAGCCUAUUCGAAACAAACAAACAAACAAAUCUUACCUCUUUAUAAUAUUAGUAUAGACGAGUUACCGAAGCUUUAUAAGUAUAAAUAAUAGAAUUGACAAAGUGUUAUUCGUACGGUCUGAUUCAAUUUUAACAGUUUUCUUUAAACUGGCUUGUAAAGGUACGCUAAGUCAUGAGUAAGAUGAUUAUUAUUUAGUUCAUAUAGAUAUUUUAGUACAAAGAUUAAAAACACUACUGCUUAAUUUCGCGUUUAUUUCCGUUAUUUCGAUAACUUCACUUACAGUGUUCUGAUAGACAACUAACUAUUAGUCAUAUAAUAAAAAGACUAAAUUAAACCACAAGUAAUUCCAAUAAUGUAUAAAACACAUUAUAAUUUAAAUAUAUUAUGUGUGUCAACGUUUACAAUUUUUUAUACUGUAUAAGGUGCGGUCGAAUCAUUUUUUUUUCUAGAAACCACGCAUUAUAUAAAACAAAAAUGCAGUGACAUCGCGUCUCGCUCAUAGUAGGUAUAGGCGCUUUGUGUCGCAUCGCGAACUGUCGUUCGCCUGGGAUGGUAUGUGAGCUAAGAUGCCCAUUCUACAUCCCGGUCGUAUGAUUCAAAGGUGUUUUUGUAGAUUUUCAACACAUUUCCCGAUCUCACGGCUUCGUAGAAACUUCCCCACUUUUUCUAAUUAAUUGUUUCCGAUAAACGUGUAAAUUAUCACUUGUGCAUAAAAUUGUUGACCAAUCAUUCGUUAUCGACUAGCAGUUUUAGGAAACGAUCGUGCUUUAUUUGAUCGAGCGUAAUAUAUAUUUUAUUGACUAUGGCUAUUAUUCGAAUUCAAUGUUUGUAUCGAGUUUUAGAUUAUUGUAUAAUUUAUUUUAUUUGACAAAGUCUUAUAUAAAUGUGCUUCAAUUAACAAUGUAAAUUGUAUAUUAAUUAUAAAACGUAUACUAAAUGUUAUUUUACUCAGGUUGCUAGAUACAUUGAAUUUUCAUCAUGUUAAAAGUGAAUUAUUUAUAGUAAUCAUGAACAGAGUUGCCCACAUGAAAAAUAUCACGUGCACAAAUAAUUGUUGCAUCGCUAUGUUGUAUCUUACUAAAUAGUGUACUGUUACGCUGAGUAGUCGAUCCCACCUCACGCAUGGCUAGGCUAAGACAUCAGGAUUAUUUGCUCAAAGCGGCAAUCUGUAUCGUAACUAUUGAAUCUCAUGACAUAUUAUAUUUCUGCACUAUUAUGACCCCCUUGACCCCUUAGGCGAGGUGCAAAGUUGUUUGUUGAUCAUUUUUAUAGUAAGAGAUUGUGUUAAAAACGGUGUGUAACAUCUCACCUUUUUAAGUAGUAUUCGUCAUUUAUUUAUUGAGAAUUUUAUUUUCUUACGGAAUAUUAAAUAGUCAUCUGCAAAUAUGGGCAUUGACGCGAGCAAAUGAUACUAAGCUGCAAUAAUGUAUUUAAAAUAAAUUUAUGAUUUAAUUAUGACAUGUACUUCAUUUUAAUUUAUAUACGCAGUCUCAAAUUCUUAUAAAACGGUACUUAAAUAGUUUUUAAUUAUGAAUAUCGAAUGACAACAAAUUCUGUUUUGUUAAAUUUUACUGCCAAGGAAUUAUGACAUAUAUUAAAAAUUUUAAUAAUCAACUAACAACAAUUGUUUGUUCUAAUUCCUAAAAUAACUUGUAAAUAUAUUUUAUUUUAAUUUUAAGGUAACUAAUGUAUUAAUUAAUAAUAAUUUAUCUUUAUUACAUAGUAGAGAAUAUAUUAUGAGUAUUUAUUUUGUCACUUAAGAUAAUUUUAUUGAUGUGAAUGUGUAAAUUGAUUAAUUUUACUGUAAUUAACUUCUUACUUUUAUUGGUUUUGACUAAUAUCCAACAAAACUAUCCAUAUUUGCAGAUGUACAAUGUUCAUGAGUUAGUGAUGUUCAAUAGAAUAGUUUGAAUAAAAUUAUUUACGUUGAAAAUUC